GGGAUUGCCCAGCACGCUAGCAAUAGCUGCUGAUCGCUGACGCACCAUCACACCACGAGCCGCUCUGCGCGCCGAUUGGCCGGCGGGGACCUGGUCUCAUUGACAACACGGCGAGAGAAGCGCGCCGCGGUGGUUUCUCUCAGGUGGGAGGGAGCAGGAGGAAGGCGAGAAGCCGAAACCAAGAUGGCGCCGCCUGGGGCUGGGGGCGCUGCCGGGAGCCUCGGGUGACUCGAGCCGUGGCGCCGCCGCCCAGCUGCGCAAGAGUUAAGGCGCCGGGUGUCACCGCGGCCGCUCCCUCUGACGGACUGGCCGAGUCGCCGGCUGGCUGUGGCGGAGGCGGGCGCGCUUCUCCUGGGAUGGAGACCGGAGAGUUGAGCAGCAUGGAGACCAUGGAGACCCUGACGGAGCUCGGGGACGAGCUCACCCUGGGCGACAUCGACGAGAUGCUGCAGUUCGUUAGCAACCAGGUUGGGGAGUUUCCGGAUCUCUUUUCUGAACAGUUGUGUGGCACCUUCCAGAACAGCAGUGCAUGCAAUGGAAAUGGAGUGGCAGAUCUCUCAUCUCAGAGGACCUUCAGCCAGGGACAGCUUCAGUCUUUCCCACCUAGUGCAGCUUCUCCCCAGCUUCAGGCUGCGCAAGCAAAAGUGUCCCAGUCGGUUGCUGCGACGGCUGCCCCACAGCGGGCUGCCCCCCCUCUUCAGCCUCGUCCCCAGGUUCAGCCUCAGCCUCGGCUCCAACAACAGACUGUGAUGAUUACGCCAACUUUCAGCUCUGCUCCUCAGACACGGUUCAUUCAGCAGCCUGUAAUCUAUCAAAAUGCAGCCACAAGUUUCCAAGUGCUGCAGCCUCAGGUACAAAGCUUGGUGACUUCCUCCCAAGUUCAGCCAGUCACAAUCCAGCAACAGGUGCAAACAGUGCAAGCCCAGAGGGUCCUCACACAGGCUGCCAAUGGAACCAUCCAGACACUAACCCCAGCCACAGUCCAGACAGUAGCUGCCCCUCAGGUCCAGCAGGUCCCAGUCCUUGUCCAGCCACAGAUCAUCAAAACAGACUCUCUGGUUUUAACAACAUUGAAAGCUGAUGGCAGCCCUGUAAUGGCUGCUGUUCAGAAUCCCGCCAUCACAGCAUUGACUACUCCUAUUCAGACAACAGCCCUGCAGACCUUAGUUGGUAGCAAUGGGACCAUCUUGACCACAAUGCCCAUGAUGAUGGGAGGGCAAGAGAAGAUGCCAAUCAAGCAGGUGCCCGGUGGUGCCAAGCAACCAGAACCACCAAAGGAAGGAGAGAGACGAACAACCCAUAACAUUAUUGAGAAGCGAUAUCGAUCAUCCAUAAAUGACAAGAUCAUUGAACUGAAGGAUCUCGUCAUGGGGACAGAUGCCAAGAUGCACAAAUCCGGGGUACUGAGAAAGGCCAUUGACUACAUUAAAUACCUACAACAAGUCAACCACAAGCUGCGACAGGAGAACAUGGUCCUGAAACUGGCUAACCAGAAGAACAAGCUGUUGAAGGGCUUCGACCUAAGCAGUCUGGUGGAUAAUGAUGCGGACCUGAAGAUGGAUGACUUCAACCAAAAUGCUCUGCUGAUGUCCCCUCCAGCUUCAGAUUCAGGGUCACAAGCAGGAUUUUCUCCUUAUUCAAUUGACUCAGAGCCAGGAAGCCCAUUGCUGGAUGAUGCAAAGGUUAAAGACGAACCUGACUCUCCUGCUGUUGCCCUUGGAAUGGUUGACCGUUCACGAAUGCUACUUUGUGCUCUCACCUUCCUCUGCUUAUCCUUCAAUCCUCUAACAUCUCUCCUAGAAGGCCAAAGGACAGCUGACUCUGACAGUUCUGUACGUCACGGCUCUGGGAGAAGCAUAUUGACAAUAGGUUCAGGUUCUGGUGGCUGGUUUGGCUGGAUGAUGCCUACUCUGAUUCUGUGGCUUGUGAAUGGUGUAAUUGUCCUAAGUGUGUUCAUAAAAUUGCUAGUGCAUGGAGAGCCAGUGACCCGGCUACACUCCCGUUCCUCUGUGACCUUUUGGAGACAUCGGAAACAGGCAGACUUGGACUUGGCCAAGGGUGACUUUGCUGCAGCUGCAUCAAAUUUGCAGAUGUGCCUGUCUGCCCUAGGCCGGGCACUGCCUGCCUCUCGUUUAGAUUUGGCCUGUGGCUUGUCCUGGAAUGUGAUCCGCUACAGUCUCCAAAAGCUAGGAUUGGUGCGGUGGUUGUUGAAAAGGACGUCACGGCAGAGGCGAACAACGGAGGCUCCUGUGGGUUUUGAGGAUGAAGCCAAAACAAGUGCACGUGAUGCAGCUCUAGCAUAUCAUAAGCUCCAUCAGCUCCAUAUCACAGGUAAGCUUCCAUCCAGCUCCGCCUACUCAGGACUGCACAUGGCACUCUGUGCUGUUAAUCUGGCUGAAUGUGCUGAGGAGAAGAUUCCACCGAGCACAUUGGCAGAGAUCCACCUGACUGCUGCAGUUGGCCUGAAGACCCGCUGUGGUGGCAAGCUGGGUUUCUUGGCGAGUUAUUUCCUAAGUCAGGCUCAGAGCUUGUGCAGUUCUGAGCGCAGUGCCAUCCCUGACUCCCUCCGCUGGCUGUGUCAUCCAUUGGGACAAAAGUUUUUUGUAGAGAGGAGCUGGACAGUGAAAGCGGCUGCCAAGGAGAGUCUGUAUUGUGCACAGAGGAAUUCAGCGGAUCCAAUUGCCCAGGUACACCAAGCGUUCUGUGAGAACCUGCUGGAGAAAGCUGUUGAAUCCCUUGUGAAGCCGCCUGUUCCCAAUGGGCCGGCAGGCCAAGAUGAUGAGGAGCCCUGUGAAUUUGCUAAUGCUUUGGAAUACCUGAAGUUACUUGGCUCCUUCAUGGACUCUUUGGGAAGCGGUACACUGCCUUUCACAGGAAACUCUGUAUUGAGGUCUGCCCCAGGGCCUGAUGUGGUCUGCAGGUGGUGGUCAUCAGCCAUCACUAUGACAAUCAGCUGGCUGAAGGGUGAUGAUGUUGCUGUGAGAUCACAGUUCACCAAUGUGGAGCGCAUUCCUAAAUGUCUAGAGAUGACUGAGAGUGCCCUUGUGAAAGCCGUCUUUCAUGUGUGCAAAGCCAUGAACGCCUCCUUGUCGAGUAAGGCAGAUGGGCAGCAGAGCUCCUUUGGCCACUGUGAAAGGGCCAGCACUAAUCUUUGGAACAGUCUUAACAUGAGCAGUGGAGUCUCAAGCACAGGUCUCAACAAUAUGAUCCAGCUGCUGACCUGUGACCUGCUCCUGUCUCUUCGUACCACUCUGUGGCAGAAACAGAUGAACACCAGCCAGGCUGUGGGAGAAACCUAUCAUGCUUCUGCUUCUGAGCUUACUGGAUUCCAGCGUGAUCUUGGCAGCCUGCGAAAGCUGGCCCAUGGUUUUAGACCUGCUUAUCGGAAGGUGUUCCUGCAUGAAGCCACUGUGCGCUUGAUGGCAGGGGCCAGCCCCACACGCACUCAUCAACUGCUGGAGCACAGUCUCAGGCGCCGAACCCCCCAGAGCAGCAAGCAAGGUCAACUGGAUGCUCUUCCUGGUCAGAGAGAGCGAGCAACAGCAAUUCUCUUGGCCUGUCGCCACCUGCCCCUCUCCUUUCUGUCAUCCCCAGGCCAGCGAGCUGUUCUACUGGCGGAAGCGGCCCGUACUCUGGAGAAGGUUGGGGACAAACGUUCCUGCAAUGACUGUCAGCAGAUGAUUGUGAAGCUGAGUGGGGGGACAGCCAUUGCUGCCUCUUAACCCUGGUAGAAAGAGGGGCAUAUUGAAGCUUCCCAUGGAACUGGAUCCCCUCCUCUUUAUAUCCCCUUUUCUUUUUUGAACACUGUUCUAGGAGGUUUGGAAUAUGGAAAUUUCACUAUGCUAGACAUGGUAGGAUCUUGGAAUAAGCUACCUUUUUGUGGCUAGUGAAGUCCUCCAGGUACAAUGGGAUGGCUGUAUUGAAGAGUGCUUUUUCUUACUGACAUAAAGAGCCUGUAGCACUUUAGAAUAGAGAAGCACCCCUUUCCCAUUUCAGGAGGGGUUGGGUUCAGGAUGCUGCCUUUUCUUUCCUUUUCCAAAACAGUUUGUGACCUGGACAUGUAUGGAAGUAUGUGCUGUGGAGGCUGUAAAGAUGUGUCCUAAAUCUUUUCCCAGCAUUUGGAGAAUAUGAAGGUUAAAUCCAAUGUUUUUAGCAGGCCCAGAUUGGAUCUAGCUAUGAUAACCUUUUCUGGUCCUCCCCGGGUUAUUAUUUUUUAAAAAUCAGUCUUUCUAUAGAUUUUUUUGUUUCUCGGAGUUAUCCUAACUCUCCUGGAGAAAUGUAUCACAGUUUUUAUGCAAUUUGGGGGUUUUAUAGCAAUGUUUUGUGGUUUUACAAGCUAUAGGGAUAAUAAUUAGGUUUUUUAAAAUCUCCUUCCUCUUACCCCUCACUUUGUGUGUGUCUCCUGUUGAUCUGCAGAGCUAUAACUAGGCUAGGGACUGAGCCUUUUUCCUAUGUGUUGCCUCAUGUAUAACGGAAAGGAAAAGGCAAAAUAUGGACUAACUAAAAAUAUACUGGGAAUUUUCUCGCGUAUUCAUUUCAGUGACAUUUUGUUCCAUGUAAGCGUGUUUCGUGCACAGCUGUCAAAGACAGACGUGGAGCAUGCCUUGCAUUACCAUCUUAAGUGGGGAUAACCCUGUUGCCAUUUUCCAGGAUGAUUUGGGGGAAGCUGUGACAGUUAAAGAUAUUUAAAGAUGGUUUUAUAUGUAUAGGGAGAAAAUAAUGUGGUUGCAGCUGUACCUUUUGUUGAGAGAACAGUUUUUUAAAAAUAGAUUCUAUAUUUCAUGGAGUCUGUUCCAUAAACCCUUUUUGCCUCCCACCACCCAGCUAUUUCUCUUUCUGUAUCCUUGCUGGGUGUCUCAGUUCUGCCCUCCCACCCCACCCCCCCAAUCAAUAGUAAUUCCGCUGUUUUCGACAACAAAAGUAUCAACUGAAGUCUAAUCUUGGGAACAUUUUUUUCUUUUGAGAAUGCCAUAAAUGUGCAUAUUGCAUUAGACCCUGAUCUUGUUCUGUGUACUGCUGCCUGUCCCUUGUAAAUACAGCUGGACAUUGUUGUGGAAAUGGGACUCACAAUUAAAUUUUCCUCUGCAAGCCUUCAGCCAAUAAUGUUCAAUUCAAAUAAAUGCCCUACAUCCUGAAAUGCACAGAAAACUGGCACGCGUGUGGACUGGAUUUUUAUAUGUUGCAGCAGUUAUAGAAUUGCAGGAAUGUUGUCCAAAAUCACGCUGAUAAGGAAUGCCUAUCUUAUGAUAUCAAAUUUAAAAUUCCAUUCAUGGAAUGAGCAUGAAUCUAAUACCGUAAUAAAAUGUCAUCUUCCUUUGUAUGGUGAAGUCUAUGAUGAAGUGAAGUCUAUGCCUUUUCUCAGUAGUCUUGCAUUUUUUGGAACAAAGAAGAAGUGUAUUUUCUUGAAUGAAAGUUCUUUUUACCCAUGUGUGGGUGUAUGUGUAAAACAUUCCAUUUAUAACUCCUGCCUUGUUCUGUCCUCAGAAGCUCACAGUGAAAGCGAGCUUUCUCUUGGCUAAUUAGAAGCACUGGCUGACAAAUGGGUUUGGCUCCUUGAGUUUCAUUGCAUUCUGAUAUAGAUAAUCUUGGAUUCUUCUUCCGUAAACUGUUACCUUCCAUGGCAAAAGCUGUUCCUUGGUAAAUGCAAGGCAGUUCAGUAUAGUGCACACUUGCUAGGCUGAAAUCCUGUUCCUUUGUUAACUAAGAGCAAUUCCCACUGGCUGCUUUCCUUAGUAAUGGUUGCACCAAAUGAGAAGGGUGACUGAAACUACCUCAACGAAAGGUACCUCCAGCACAGGGAGAUUUAUCUGGAUCUGUGCCCCCAAAGCAGAUCCUUCUGAUCUGUUUACAGUAGCAGCAGUCAGGGAUUGGCACAGACCUUGUGUAGGUUGUGAGUGCCUGGCAUUCUAUUUGCCCACCCUUGAAAACUUCUCCACCUUGAAGAUUUUUGAAACAAGCAAUUAACUUGCAUUGUUAACUUUCUAAGUUUCCAAACAAGGUAACGUGUCUCUGAACACCUCUCCCAUUGAUCUCAUGGAAUUCUGUGGUCAUCUCACAGUUCCAUAGAUUUAAAGCCAAGUGAGCCAUUUAUGCUGACAAGCAGGAGCGAAUGCUGCAGCCAAGGUGGGGCAUUGCAAUUGAGAUCAAAGUUAAAUGCGAGAAAAAAGUCUCUGAGAACAGGAUCGAGCUUGUGGAAUGACACAGGCAACCUUAGUGUAGGCAGGACUUCCAACUCCACCAGGGCUGAGUUUCCGCAUAUUUUUGGCAUUUCUGUCUAUUCUCUCCACGCCCCUGUCCGUGCAAGCUGCAUCCCUCACAUGCCUUUUUAUACAACUUGUUUAUUUAUGGUUCUGUUGUCCUUUAGUUUAUCCCUAUAUUGUUUUUAUGUAUAUAAUGUAAUUUAUAUAUAUAUGAUGUGAAAAAGUGUCUAUUUAUCCCAAUAAAAUAAGGUAUAUGGAUACUUUGCUGUAAGAUGAUGUUGCUGGUGACAGUGUAUGUUCCAGUUGUGCAUCCUGUCCUGGGGUUGAUUGUGUAACUGUUGGCUAAUAAAGACAAAUAGUACUCAA